AGGCUCGGCUGGCUCCAAGAGUGCGUCAGCUGAAGGUUCCUUCCGCUCGGCGUCUCUGUUGACUGGAGACGGGAGGAGCGCCGGCGGUGCCGGUGUUCGGUGACCUCUAGUGAGAUCAGGAGGAUUCAAGGAUUCUGUAGUUAACAAUGUUGUCAAGACUUUUCCGAAUGCAUGGCCUCUUUGUGGCCUCCCACCCCUGGGAAGUCAUAGUGGGGACGGUGACACUGACCAUCUGUAUGAUGUCCAUGAACAUGUUUACCGGCAACAAUAAGAUCUGUGGUUGGAAUUAUGAGUGUCCAAAGUUUGAAGAGGAUGUUCUGAGCAGUGACAUUAUAAUUCUGACAAUAACGCGAUGCAUAGCAAUCCUGUAUAUUUACUUCCAGUUCCAGAAUUUGCGUCAGCUUGGAUCAAAAUAUAUUUUGGGUAUUGCUGGCCUCUUCACAAUUUUCUCAAGUUUUGUAUUUAGUACAGUUGUCAUUCAUUUCCUAGAUAAAGAAUUGACAGGCUUGAAUGAAGCUUUGCCUUUUUUCCUUCUUCUGAUUGACCUUUCCAGAGCAAGUGCACUAGCAAAGUUUGCCCUCAGCUCCAACUCACAGGAUGAAGUACGGGAAAAUAUUGCUCGUGGAAUGGCCAUUUUAGGCCCUACGUUCACUCUUGAUGCUCUCGUAGAAUGUCUUGUGAUUGGAGUUGGUACCAUGUCAGGGGUGCGUCAGCUUGAAAUUAUGUGCUGCUUUGGCUGCAUGUCAGUUCUUGCCAACUACUUCGUGUUCAUGACUUUCUUCCCCGCUUGUGUGUCCUUGGUUUUGGAGCUUUCUCGGGAGAGCCGCGAGGGUCGUCCAAUUUGGCAGCUCAGCCAUUUUGCCCGAGUUUUAGAAGAAGAGGAAAAUAAACCGAAUCCUGUUACUCAGAGGGUUAAGAUGAUUAUGUCCCUAGGCUUGGUUCUUGUUCAUGCUCACAGUCGCUGGAUAGCUGAUCCUUCUCCUCAAAACAGUACAGCAGAAAAUUCUAAGGUUCCCUUAGGAUUGGAUGAAAAUGUGUCCAAGAGAAUUGAACCAAGUGUUUCCCUCUGGCAAUUUUAUCUCUCUAAAAUGAUCAGCAUGGAUAUUGAACAAGUUAUCACCCUAAGUUUAGCUCUCCUUUUGGCUGUCAAGUACAUCUUCUUUGAACAAGCAGAGACGGAAUCUACACUUUCAUUAAAAAACCCUAUCACAUCUCCUGUAGUGGCCCAAAAGAAAGUCCCAGACGAUUGUUGUAGGCGUGACCCUAUAGUGGUCAGAAAUAACCAGAAAUUCCAGGCAGUGGAGGAGGAGGCAAAGGCAAACAGGGAAAGAAAAGCUGAGGUUAUAAAACCCUUAGUGGUGGAAACUGACGCCUCAAACAGAGCUACAUUUGUGGUCGGCGACCCCUCCUCCAUUAGUGCUCCACCAGAACCAGAGGCCCAGGAGCCUGAAGUUGAACUUCCCAAGGAGCCUCGGCCUAAUGAAGAAUGUCUACAGAUCCUUGGGAAUGCACAGAAAGGUGCAAAAUUCCUUAGUGAUGCUGAGAUCAUCCAGUUAGUCAAUGCUAAGCACAUCCCAGCAUACAAAUUGGAGACUCUGAUGGAAAGCCAUGAGCGAGGUGUAUCUAUUCGCCGACAGUUACUUUCCAGAAAACUUCCAGAGCCUUCUUCUCUCCAGUAUCUACCUUACAGGGACUAUAAUUACUCCUUGGUGAUGGGCGCUUGCUGCGAAAACGUCAUUGGGUACAUGCCCAUCCCUGUUGGAGUGGCGGGGCCUCUGUGCCUGGAUGGAAGAGAGUUUCAGGUUCCAAUGGCAACAACAGAAGGCUGCCUUGUGGCCAGCACCAACAGAGGCUGCAGAGCGAUAGGCCUCGGUGGGGGCGCCAGCAGCCGAAUCCUUGCCGAUGGGAUGACGCGUGGCCCGGUGGUGCGUCUCCCCCGUGCUUCUGACUCUGCAGAAGUGAAGGCCUGGCUUGAGACACCUGAAGGGUUCACAGUGAUAAAGGAAGCAUUCGACAGCACCAGCAGGUUUGCACGUCUGCAGAAGCUCCAUAUGAGUAUGGCUGGGCGCAACCUGUAUAUUCGUUUCCAGUCCCGGUCAGGUGAUGCCAUGGGGAUGAACAUGAUUUCCAAGGGUACAGAGAAAGCACUUCUGAAGCUCCAUGAGUAUUUCCCCGAAAUGCAGGUUCUUGCGGUUAGUGGUAACUACUGUACCGACAAGAAACCUGCUGCUAUAAAUUGGAUCGAGGGGAGAGGAAAGUCUGUUGUUUGUGAAGCUGUUAUUCCGGCCAAGGUUGUCAGAGAAGUGUUGAAGACUACUACAGAAGCUAUGGUUGAGGUGAAUAUUAAUAAGAACCUGGUGGGCUCUGCCAUGGCCGGGAGCAUCGGAGGUUACAACGCCCACGCAGCCAACAUCGUCACUGCCAUCUACAUUGCCUGUGGCCAGGAUGCAGCACAGAAUGUUGGUAGUUCAAACUGUAUCACUUUGAUGGAAGCAAGUGGUCCCACCAAUGAAGAUCUGUAUAUCAGUUGCACCAUGCCCUCUAUAGAAAUAGGAACUGUGGGUGGUGGGACCAACCUGCUCCCUCAGCAAGCCUGUCUGCAGAUGCUUGGUGUCCAAGGAGCGUGCAAAGACAAUCCUGGGGAGAACGCCCGGCAGCUCGCCAGAAUUGUGUGUGGUACGGUGAUGGCUGGGGAAUUGUCACUGAUGGCAGCGUUGGCAGCAGGACAUCUUGUCAAAAGUCACAUGAUUCACAACAGGUCAAAGAUAAAUUUACAAGACCUCCAAGGAACUUGCACCAAGCAGGCCGCUUGAAUAGCCUGACAGUUCUGAACUGAAAUACGGGUGUUGUGUUCUAAAGGACUAACAUAAAAUCUGUGAAUUAAAAAGCUCAAGGCUGUGUCUUGUUGAGGAUGAAUAGAUGUGAUCAGUGAGACGACUGCGUGGUGUUUGGCUCUUUCAGGAGGGUCUGAGGGCCUUCUCUCCAUGCAGGUUCCUCAGCUCUGAAGACAGCUUAGUGCGUUAGGUGCUGUGCUCUUUGGAAAGAUCUCAACAUGGCUAUUACGCUUUCAAGCGUCACAGAUGGUAACCGACAGCUCACCUCUGAAAGAGAAAACACGUGGGGGAAAAAGUGUUUUCUUUUGAUGAAAUUCAUGGAGUUCAUGGUGAUCAGUACGAGUUGACCCUUCUCCCACACCCCCACCACCCUGGGUUGAAAAUGGAUUUUUAAAUUAUACUGUAGCUGACAAAACUGAUUUCUUAGUAAUUUAUUAAGCCUCGAUUGUAGAACUUUAAGAAAUAUGUUUAUUUUUUGUAAACUGAUACUUUAUUUGGUGCUGGUCUUUUUUGGGGUAGCCAAUGUGAUUCUUCAGAAGAGAACCUUUCUUCAAGCGAAGAAUUCCUCUUAUUACCAACCACAGAAGAAUGUGCUGUGCAGUGCAGAAUAGUUCUCUAUCAGGAAAACAAAUCACUACAUUUAUCUCUGCAGGCUGUUUGUUCAGAGAGGCCUCUUGUCGAAAUGUAAAUGUAUGUCUAGAUUGGCUAUAACAUAUCUUUCAGUAUAAGGCUUUAAGAAACAGAGUUUGUGUUCUUUAUUAAAGAUACCAGAGCUCUUAAUACUGCUUAGACCAGCAAUUUUCAACCUUUUUCAUCUUAUGGCAUGUAUAAACUGAUUACUAAAAUUCUGCUGUACACCAAAAAAUAUAUUUUUUGCCGAUCUGACAAAAAAACAGGUAUAACUUUGAAUCACUCACUCCGGAUGGCUGUUGUUGUGUUGGCUGUUGCCAUUUUUUCAUUUGACUCUCUAAGGGAAAAGAGGUCAGUAUCCCUGACUCAAUAGGUACUGCAUGCUUUAAAAAUUCUUGUGGCACACCAGUUGAAAAUCGCUGGCUUAGACAAAGGUGACUCUGUUUCUCAAGAACACACAAGUCUGUGACCCCUCUCGGAAUUCAGAGGAUGGAAAAUUAGGUUUGACAGAAAAAUGCCAUUUCUCUAAAUCAACUUUAAUUUCUUAAAUGACGCUUAAUUUAGCUGAAAAAUCUAGACAGUUUUUUGUAAAGGACUGUAUCAAAUCUGUAUAUGUUGUAAGCUUCUGACAAUUUAUUGAAAGUGUUCAAGGAAUAAAUAAAAAUCAAAUUGUAUACUGAUAAAGACACUCUGUGCUUAGACCAGAGAUGAUAGUGUUCUUUAGUGCUGGGCAGGAAGCCCUGGCUCGCUGGAGGAGCCCAGUGAAAGGGUGUGUCGGGGUGAGCGCCAGUGAAGGCGCCGUGUGAAUGGCCCUGAGGAGUGUGCCUUGUUCCUGUGGCCAGGAGGCUGGUGACUGAGACCCGCACAUACGGCUCUUUGGUGGAUCCAUAGAAGCACUCAGCUUUCUCAGGGGGUCGGUGGAGUUGUUGGAUCUUCAUUUUUUUUAAUGUACAAGUUUUGUAUAAGUAAUAAAAGAAGUUCUUAUUUUGUAUUACAUCUGAUGCUUCAACUGUUGGUCUUGGAGAGCCGAUGGCUCGUGUGGAAGAUGGACUCUGGAGAACAUUCCAGCAGUGGCUGUCACGGCAGCAUGAGCGCCUCCGAGUGGCCACGCCUGCGGUCUCAUGGUGGAAGCUGUCUGUAAACUUGAACUUGCUUCUGUUGUGACUUUUCAGCCAGUGACUUCUUACUUACCUGAACUUUCCAGAGAAGUGGCAGUGGAAAACAUGUUGAGUCUUCGUUUUGGUGAAUAACCAAUAUCAUCUUGCUAAAUUAAUGUUUUGUACAAUUACUAAAUUGUAUACAUUUUGUUAUACUUUUUUCCAGUUCCAGUAAAUUAUGAGAAGUUAAUACUUGUAAGUGUAAA